GUUCAUCACUUACGCUUGCUGAACCAGUCGGACUGCUCCCCCUUUUUUUACCUGGACCCGCUGCACCUUGGCUGUCGCUUGAGGACAGCCCCCUUCUGACGAUUACCGACUGACUACGCGAUGUGCGACGACACCCCCAGCAUGAGCGAUUUGUUAAUGCGAUGCAGCCACUGCUUGGGUGGAUCAUGCUCUCGUCUAUGCUGAUGACUUAAGGAUUGAGAAGGACUCGCUACGGGUUGUUUCUUUGGUCUUUUGUUCAGUUUUCUCUUUCUUUUGUAUCGGGUCGUUCGAUGAGGCUGGAUCGCUCACUGUCGGGACAAAAAUGCUACAGCCACCCUCCGACAAAUCCCCCCUACGGAUACACCACCACUACAUCUAUAUCUGCACCUGGGCCUUCGUCGGUUCGAUCAUUCUCUAUCUCCCCGGGAGGCUCACCUACGUCGAUGCCCUGCUGCUCGCGACCGGCGCCGCCACCCAGAGUGGCCUGACGCCCGUCGCGCUGGACCGUCUGCACACCGUCCAGCAGGUGACGCUGUGGUUCAUCACCAUGGUCACCAACAUCAUCUUCGUGCACUCGCUGCUCGUGUUGAUCCGUCUGUACUGGUUCCGAAAACGCUUCCGCAACGCCAUCCGCGACGCCAAGUCCGUCUGUCGCACCCAGCGGCGGCGUCAGAACGAACACCUGGCGGAGGUGCAGACGGCGAUGCCGAAUCCUCCCGGCUGGGAGCCUUCGAGGUAUAGCUGCGAGAGCACACCGACUAGGCGGCCGUCGACGGAUGGAGAGGAAGGACGGGCGUCCAGCCCGCAUAUCAGCUUUGAUCGCGGGUUGAGACCACUACGACCGCCACGCCGGCGUCGGUCGUACUCGAGCUCGUUCUCGCGGACCACUACGGACUAUGGGACCGAGGGGCUGGGCGAGCGCGACGGCACCUUUAUGCCCCUGCUACCGUCGCUGACGUGGCAGCAGUCGAUUGCCAGCUACUCGGACUGGGACGAGACGCAGAAGGAGGAGCUGGGUGGGAUUGAAUACCGGGCGUUGAAGACGCUGAUGGUGAUCUUGGUUUGUUAUUUUGUGGCUCUGCAUGCGCUGGGCGCGGUGCUGUGUGUGGCGUGGGUCUCGCUGGAUGCGCGACAUGGGCAACUGCUGGAGGAUAUGGGGAUCGGCCGGUCGUGGUGGGCGGUGUUCACGGCGGGGUCGGCGUUCAAUGAUUUGGGGUUCACUUUGACGUCGGAUUCCAUGGAGUCGUUCCGCACCGCGUCCGUGCCGCUGCUGGUGAUGACUUUUCUCAUCGUGGCAGGGAAUACGGGGUUUCCGUGCUUCCUGCGCUUGAUCAUAUGGGUGCUCAGCAAGGUGACUGGGUAUGGGACAGCGUUGGAUGAGGAGCUGCAGUUUCUGCUCGAGCAUCCUCGACGAUGCUUCACGCUGCUGUUUCCGCGCGCGGAGACGUGGAGACUGGUGGGAGUCCUCCUGGCGCUCAACGCCUUCGACCUGUUUGUCUUUUAUACGUUGCAGACUACUCCCCAGGAAAUCACCCCCGUGGCAUCCGGGAUGCGUCUCAUCAACGGACUCUUCCAGAUCGCCUCGACCCGGACCGCCGGGUUCAGCAUCACCUCCCUCCGACUCCUCCACCCAGCGGUGCAAGUCUCCUUCGUAAUAAUGAUGUACAUCUCCGCCUUCCCGAUCGCGAUAUCCAUGCGCAAAACAAACAUCUACGAAGAAAAAUCCCUCGGCAUCUACGAAGACGACGAAGACAACAUAGACUGGGUCACAGGACGCCCAGUGCCACCCCCCAACAGCUGGACCGCCCACAUCCAGCACCAGCUCGGCUUCGACCUCUGGUACGUGAUGCUAGGAUUCUUCCUGAUCGCGCUGGCGGAAGGCGCACACAUGCAGCAGCACCACGGCCCCGACGCCGCCUUCUCCCUCUUCCCGGUGCUCUUCGAGAUCGUCUCCGCCUACGGCACAGUCGGAUUAAGCCUGGGGUAUCCGCGCAGCGAGACGAGCCUGUGCGGGCGGUUCUCAUCGGCAGGAAAGCUGGUUAUCAUUGCGAUGCAGCUGCGCGGGAGACACCGCGGUCUACCGCAUGCGAUUGACCAUGCUAUCCUCUUGCCGUGUGAUGCGCAGCCGAUGGGCGGGGAUGGCGAGUGGUGGUGGAAGAGGUGG